AGAAAUUGGAAGGGCUGGUGAGAGUUGGGGGUGUCACCGGAGCUGAAACCGAAGGAUAAGGGCUUUGGUUGGCUGACAGGUUCUCUUACUAUGGGAAACAAGCCUGUGAAAGAAGAAAAGGAAGAGAUUUUCUUGAAGAUUGUUCCUCCUUUGGACCGUGCAUAUGUUCGAUGGCUAGCUAGGGAUCUUGAGAGGAUUCAUGGCUUUACACCAAAAAAUCCCCGUGCGGUCAAGCCUCCAGAUCAUUAUAUCGAGUACAUGCGUUUGAAUGGAUGGCUGGAUGUGAAUUUGGAUGAUCCUGAUCUUGCUCAUUUAUUCAAAUAGAUGAUCGUAAGAUGUUGUGGCCUUUUGCUUUUUAGCCUGUUCUUGAAUGCACCAUGUUGGUGUUAAUGCAUCAUAGGAAUAUUUCCAGAUAAAAAUGAUUGAAUAUUGGAUCUCAUAAGGCUGUUAUGAUGAGGAAAUUCAAAAUUAUGUAAAUCAAUUCAGGUAGUUUUUGUCAGUA